CAUGGAGAUAGAACAAGCCAGUAGCAGCGGUGGCUAUUACCGACGCGGCGGCGAUGGCGACAAUGGUGAUGAAACGGAUGAUCAUGACGAUGACGGCGGCGGAUUUAGUUUGGGUGGGAGCACGAGUAUGAGGGAACGAGCAACGUAUUUGGUGUGGCGAGAUCUAACGGUGGUGUUACCGAACUUCGGACAUGGACAUACCAAGAGAUUGAUUCGUGGAAUCAGUGGUUAUGCUGAACCAGGUCGAAUCAUGGCCAUCAUGGGUCCUUCUGGUUCUGGAAAAUCCACUCUUCUCGAUUCCUUAGCUGAUAGAUUAUCGAAGAAUGUUGUGAUGACGGGUGACAUUCUUCUCAACGGCGAGAAGAAAAAACUAAGCUACGGUGCUGUUGCUUAUGUGACCCAAGAAGAUGUACUGAUGGGAACACUUACGGUUCGGGAAACGAUCACUUACUCGGCUUAUUUGAGGCUUCCGACUUCGUUAACCAAUGAGGAAGUUCGGGAUAUUAUCGAAGGAACAAUAAUGGAGAUGGGUUUGGAGGAUUGUGCUGACAGUUUGAUCGGAAAUUGGCAUUUGAGAGGCUUAAGUGGCGGAGAAAAGAAGCGGUUGAGUAUUGCGCUCGAGAUCCUUGUUCGACCACGACUCAUGUUUCUUGACGAACCAACGAGUGGGCUCGAUAGUGCGUCGGCUUUCUUUGUGGUUCAAGCUCUCAAAAGCGUUGCUCGUGAUGGACGAACCGUGGUUUCAUCGAUUCAUCAACCAAGUAGCGAAGUUUUUGCAUUGUUCGAUGACCUUUUUCUGUUAUCCGGAGGUGAAACCGUCUAUUUUGGAGAAGCAAAAGACGCUAUCACGUUCUUUGCAGAAUCGGGAUUUCCAUGUCCGACCAAGAGAAAUCCGUCCGACCAUUUUCUACGUUGUAUCAAUUCAGAUUUCGACAUCGUAACAGCCACCUUGAAAGGAUCACAAAGACAUUACGAAGAACUGAAAGGAUCAGACGCUUAUAAGAACUUUUCAACCUCGGAGAUCAAAGCGACACUUGUCGAUAAAUACAAGUGGUCGAAAUACGCCAAGAAAACGCAAGCGAAAAUGAAACAAAUAUCCACGUUUAAUGGGCCUCAAACGAGCACGGUUACUACGAGCCAAGCAGGGUGGUGGAAGCAACUCACGACGCUAACUCGCCGCUCAUUCAUAAACAUGUCCCGAGACAUCGGAUAUUACUGGCUAAGGGUGAUCAUUUACUCAAUCGUAUCCAUUUGUGUUGGUACAAUCUUCUUCGACGUUGGUACAGGGUACACCGCCAUCCUAGCACGUGGUGCUUGCGGUGGUUUCAUAACCGGUUUUAUGGUUUUCAUGUCCAUCGGAAGCUUCCCGUCUUUCAUCGAAGAUAUGAAGAUUUUUACUCGAGAAAGGCUCAACGGCUACUACGGGGUUGCAGUGUUUAUACUGUCGAACUUCCUUUCAUCGUUGCCGUUUAUGCUUGCAAUUUCGUUAGUCACCGGGACUAUCACAUGGAAUAUGGUCAAAUUCCGGCACAGCUUCUCUCGAUAUGUUUACUAUUGUCUUAAUCUCUUUGCCUCAAUCGCAGUGGUCGAGAGUUGUAUGAUGGUUGUCGCAUCGCUAGUUCCCAAUUUCUUGAUGGGGAUCGUUACCGGGGCCGGAAUCAUCGGAAUCAUGAUGAUGACUUCGGGUUUCUUUCGCCAAUUACCCGAUCUUCCAAAGCCAUUUUGGCGCUAUCCGGUGUCGUAUAUAAACUAUGGAUCAUGGUCGCUACAGGGAGCAUACAAGAAUGACAUGUUAGGGUUGGUGUUCGACGGACUAACACCGAGCGACCCAAAAAUGACCGGAGCAGAAGUGAUCACGAAAAUGUACCGGUUACCGUUGAAUCACUCGAAAUGGUGGGACUUAUUUGCCAUAUUCGCCAUUCUUGUCGCGUAUCGCGUCAUUUUCUUCAUCGUUCUCAAGUCCAAGGAAAGAGCAUCGCCGUUUUUCCGGUCUAUGUAUGCAAAAAGAACGCUUUAUCGUCUAAACAAGCGGCCGUCAUUCAAACGAUUCCCUUCUUCUAGACGACACCAUAAUCUUCGGCCUUUGUCUUCACAAGAGGGCCUUAGUUCCCCGAUUCCGUAGCUUAGAAAAACGUCCUACAACCAUACGCUCGUUAGAAUCCUCGAACUAUAUGUUUUGUUUUGAUUAUUCGCUUUUCCGAAUUUAUACUUAGAUAAAUCGACAAAUAAACCUCUUUCGUCUGUUUGAUGGUUCAAAGCUAUGAUACGAAGAAGAAGGGCCUGUAUUCGAUGAGGCAAUACUCGAUUUUAAUCCACAAAACCAAUGAAUUAAACAUAGAUCGGGCGUAAACGGGUACCGGAAUCACUAAAAAAGAAACUCAUCUCGAUCAUCUAUCUAUUUAUCCGAGGCCGUUCACUAAACGAUUAUCCGGAUAAAUGUUUACUGGUAAAAUUCAAGACUAUCUAUUAC